UUGAGUAAAUCGAACACGGGGCCAAAUAAAGCGUCGCGGACUGUUGUGAUUAUAUUAAAACAGACGCCACUGGGUGGUUGUGAUCGUUGUGUCUCUAGUCGGUGCGUGUGUUCCUUCAUCACGUUUUUGUCAACAGACGCAUCAUCCUCCAACGAGGCGGUGCACCUCCAGAGACGACUGCUGAGUCUCAGCUCCGAGCUCGUCACCCUCCGGAACCACCUCCACGUGGGCGGCGCGGCGGCUGGUCCGGGGACACAGAGCGUCCCGGGGCCGGCCGGGAGCCCCCCCGGCGCCCAGCCCGCCGUGCCCCCGCGGGCGCCGCUGCUGCCUCCGCCCGCACCGGCGCCCCCGCUCCUGCCUCAUCAUGCGCCUCCACUGCCACCAGAUUCUCGAUGGCGAGGCGUCGCUGGUGGCUCGUGUCCGGCGAGCGGCGGUGCGGCCUCGGCCCCGGGGGGUGCGGGGUCCGAUGUAGACGACCUCAUACACCUGAGGGGUCCGCUCACCGAGGACGCCGUGGUGCGGGCGCUACAGGCCCGCUUCUAUCAAAACAAAUUCUAUACGUCGGUGGGUCCCAUCCUGGUAGCUAUGAACUCGUACACAGACGUGAGUAACGCCCUGACGCCGAGCGCCGCGCGCGCCCACCGGCCCGAGCUGGCGCGGCUGGUGCACGACGCCGUGCGCCACCAAGCUGACACCGGCUGCCCGCAGGCCAUCAUACUCUCCGGCGUCUCCGGGUCGGGGAAGACGUACGCGUCCAUGGUGUUGUUGCGGCGCCUGUUCGACGUGGCGGGGGGCGGGCCCGAGACCGACGCCUUCAAACACCUGGCGGCCGCCUUCACCGUGCUGCGCUCCCUCGGCACGGCCGCCACGCACGCCAACUCACACUCCAGCCGCAUCGGUCACUUUAUCGAAGUGCAAGUGACGGACGGCGCCUUGUACCGCACCAAGAUCCACUGCUACUUCCUGGACCAGACGCGCGUGGUCCGACCGCCGGCCGGGGAGCGGAACUACCACAUCUUCUACCAGAUGUUAGCCGGCCUGUCCGCCGACGAGCGCUCCCAGCUCCACCUCGAUGGAUAUUCUGCUCACGACUUAAGAUAUCUAUCGUCUUCUCACCCUCGUCGUCCGGAGCCCGAGGACGGCGCCAGGUUUCACGCAUGGAAGAGCUGCCUCGGCGUGUUAGGGAUUCCAUUUCUGGACGUGCUGCGCGUCUUAGCGGCUGUGCUUCUGCUGGGUAACGUCCACUUCGCCGAUAACGCAGAAGGAAGCGCAGAGCCCAAUGGGGAGGCCGAGUUAGUGGCGGCAGGCUCUCUCCUGGGGGUGGGAGCUGCCGCUCUAAUGCGCGGUCUCGGCACUCGCUGCGCCCGCGCCGGUCGUGUGCCGGCCCGCGCGCCGGCCACCGCCGCCGCCGCUGCUGCCGCCCGCGACUCCCUCGCUAAAGCGCUGUACUGCCGCACCGUCGCCACCAUCGUCCGCCGCGCCAACUCUCUCAAACGUCUCGGCUCCACCCUGGGCACCCUAUCGUCGGACUCGAACGAAUCUGUGCUGCAGGACGCGGCGUCUCGACGGGCGUCCACGGCGGGGGGAGGGGCGCGGGGCCGGGCCGGGGCUCGCUCCAUGGCGGUCCUCAACGACGCCGUGCGUCACGCCAACGACGGCUUCGUGGGCAUACUCGACAUGUUCGGCUUCGAAGACUCCGCGCCCAGCCGUCUCGAACACCUGUGCGCCAACCUCUGCGCCGAGACGAUGCAGCACUUCUAUAACACUCACGUGUUUAAGUCAUCGGCGGAGUCUUGUCGCGAGGAGGGCGUGUCCGGUGCGCUGGAGGUGGAGUAUGUGGACAACGUGCCGUGCAUCGACCUGGUGUCCUCACUGAGGACGGGCCUGCUGGCGGCGCUGGACGCGGAGUGUGCCGCGCGCAGCGAGCCCGAACAUUACGUGGCCAGGAUUAAGAACGCGCACAGAGGCCACCUUAGACUGGCAGAGGCGCGGCCCCCGCACGCGCGUCGUUUCGCCGUGCGACACUACGCCGGGGAGGUCACUUACGACGCGAGUGACUUCCUGGAAGCCAACCGGGACGCGGUACCGGACGAAUUGCUCGCCGCUUUCGAUACACGAACCUGCGAAUUCGGAUUCGCAACGCAUUUAUUCGGCGCCGAGCUCAAGGCGUUGUCCGCGGCAGGAGGUCCAGCCGGCGCUCAGUUCCGAGCGUCCCCCACGGCGGGCGGGGCGGCCGCGGCCGUGGUCGCCGCCUCCACCCUCACACAAGACUUCCACACUCGGCUCGACAACCUGCUGCGGACGCUGGUGCACGCUCGCCCUCACUUCGUGCGCUGUCUCCGCGCCAACGCCACCGAGACUCCGAUGCAUUUCGAACGCGCCACGGUCGCCCGACAGGUGCGGGCGCUGCAGGUCCUGGAGACGGUCCAGCUGAUGGCCAGCGGGUACCCGCACCGGAUGAGGUUCCGAGCGUUCAGCUGCCGGUACCGCGCGCUGUGGGGCCGGGGGCACGCCGGCGUGGAGCGGGAGUCGGGCGCGGCCUGUGCUCGUGUGCUGGCCGCCGUGGCCGCAGCCGCCGCCCCGCCGGCACCCGCCUCGCCCGCCGCGGUCAGGUGGGCGCUAGGCAAACGACAUGUUUUCUUGAGCGAGGGCAUGCGUCAGGUCCUCGAACGCAUGCGAAGAGCGCGCCGCCAGGCCGCCGCCGAGUCCAUCCAGGCGGCGUGGCGCGCGUACAAAAGUCGCGGCUCGUACGGGACCGGCGCGGCGGGCAGGACGCGCCCCGCGCCGCCGGCCCGGCGUCGACCCGCUCCCAUCGCGGGCACGCCGCCGCCCGACCUUCCCGACAAGUGCGACCCUCAGGUGGUCAAAAGCACCUGCUCUCUGUUCGGACUAGACCUGGAGCGGCCGCCGCCCCUGCCUCCGUCGCGAGCCUACACGGUGUCGAACGGAGUGAAGCUGGGCUAUCCUCAGCAGCGCGUGGUGCGCGCGGACUGGGCCGAGGGCGGCGUGCGGCUCCGCGCCGGGGACUGCGUGCUGGCGCUGGGCGCGGCACCCCGAGGGCUGGUGUCGGUGCAGACGGGCGGCCGCACCCUGCCCGUGCCUCACUCCGUGCUGGGUCCGCCGCGCGCCGCCCGCUCCGCGCCGCCCCCCCCUCCUCCCCCACACUAG